UGAGUUACGAAAAACGCGUGUGUUUAAAAGUGUAUCCAGUAGCGUGUCGAAGUGUUUGCUUUAAGUUUCUCUUCUUAGAUUAUCUUAGUUUGAAGCCUAUUCUAUCUCUAGUUGUUGUCUGUUGGUUCUGUAAUUAAGUGUAAGUUCAUUGUGAGCGCUCUCUGUGUUUUCGAGAAAGGAAGUUGUGUACACGUGUUCAACACAUGUUCUGAUUGCACUUUGACUCUUUAUCAUAUAUACAUAUAUAUACUUGUGUCAUUUUCAUGAGGGCAUAUCUGUUGAAGUUCCUACGUUCUUCUACCGACUAACCAUUAUUAUUAAAUGGAUAGUGAUUCCUUUUGAAUUUUAAUUCUUUCGCACUUCCAAAGUAAAUCCCCUAGAAACUUUUCCCUGAAGUAUUUUUUCCUAAACCUGUUCCAAGUUAAAAGUCGACCUUGAAUGAAGUUGGAACCAGCGUCGAAUAAAAGAAACGCAGGACAGACCACAAAUCCACCCAAGUCAGAUGUAAACAGAACAAUUACAACAAAUUUAUGUGGAUGGGGUGAACAGAAUGCUUUUGAUUCGGUAUGUCUUAAACCCGCUUGUCGAACAACUGGUCCUAAUGUUAUGGGAGGUGUAGGAUGUGGAAAAUCCGAAAAAUUCUCUUACCAAAAACCAACAAGAAUCGGUAAACAGUACAAAUUCUAUCAUUAUGAUGAUCCGCAUGCUUACAUACUUCAAUAUAGACGGGAUUGUACAUUGAAUUCUAGUUCAAAAGAUCAUAACCAAGACAAAGGACCAGUAGAAGAAUUCAAUAAAUCAAUAGUUGUUGAAAUGGAUACAAAAAAUUACAAUCACUCAGAGAAAUCCGAUAUCAGUCAGAUAAACAGUGAAAGUUUUUCUGAACAAUCACAUCUUAAAUCAACGUGCACAACAACAACAAGUAAUUUUCAACCUCAGUUAUCUGAAAUAAAAGUAAAACCUACCAAGUCAACAUUAAAUGCUAUUAUUACUACUAAUACUAAUACUACUACUAAUACUACUACUACUACUAUGUCUGGGAAUCGUCAUUUAUGGGUGAAUAACUGUCCUACUGGUCCAGGUCGUAUUAAUAAUAUGAAUAAAGUUUCUAAUGCAGAUACCAGCACUAAAUAUGUCAAUCAAAUGAAACAAAAAUCAACUAAAAAAGAGUCAAUCAUUAAGUCACAUAACAUUUAUUCAAGUCAAUCGACAUCAGGAAAAUUCUCUGAUAAAACUGAUAUGAAUUCAAAUGGAUCAAAUCAUAUACCUCUUCUACGUAUAAAAAGUGCAACAAAAUUGAAUGUAGAAUCUACUACUUAUAUAACUAAUAUUCAACAAUCAAUUCGUGAUGCAAAUCAUCCGGAAUUUUGGCCUUUAUUAUAUAAAAAAUUGAUUCAUUUACAAGCUGAACGUGCUAAUCAAACUGAAGAAGAGAAAUGAUCCCCCCCCCGAAAAAUAUUGAAUAAUUGAACGUGUGAAGUAUAUGAACAAAGAAAAUUCAACUAUUUUUCUAUGACUAUUA